UUUUACCCGCGCAUGCGCGAAGCGUGUAAACACAAGGCGGUACGCAUGGUUGCUGAGAGGUGAAAUUAAAAGUGUGAAUAUAAAACAGAAACCUGCAGCAUGAAGGAUACUCCGCUGUCCAACUGUGAGCGGGACUUCCUACUAAAAGCCAUCGAGGAGAAAAAGCGCCUGGAUGGACGACAGACCUAUGAUUACAGGAAGAUAAAAAUCACCUUUGGGAGUGACUAUGGAUGUUGCUUUGUGGAUCUGGGACAAACCAGGGUUAUGGCCCAGGUGUCUUGUGAGCUGGUGACGCCUAAGGAGAGUCGUCCAAACGAGGGCAUCAUGUUCUUCAACCUGGAGCUCUCACCCAUGGCCUCGCCUGCGUUCGAACAGGGAAGACAGUCAGAGCUGUCAGUGAAGCUGAACAGACAGCUGGAGAGAUGCCUGAGGAACUCCAAGUGCAUUGAUACCGAGUCCCUGUGCGUGGUGUCUGGAGAAAAGGUGUGGCAGAUCAGAGUGGACGUCCACACGCUGAACAACGACGGGAACCUGAUGGAUGCCGCCAGCGUGGCAGCCAUCAGCGCUCUGUGCCACUUCAGACGCCCAGAUGUGGGCAUCCAGGGAGAGGAAGUAACAGUGUAUAGUCCAGAGGAAAGAGACCCCAUUCCUCUGAGUAUCUACCACAUGCCCAUCAGUGUCAGCUUAGCCUUCUUCCAGCAGGGAACCUACCUGCUGGUGGACCCAUGUGAGCGGGAGGAACGUGUGAUGGACGGCCUGCUGAUGAUCGCCAUGAACAAACACAGGGAGAUCUGCUCCAUUCAGUCCAGCGGAGGCAUCAUGCUGCUGAAAGAGCAGGUGAUGAGAUGCAGUAAAAUAGCCAGCGUCAAAGUGUCUGAGAUCACAGACCUGAUCAACAAGGCUCUGCUAAAUGACAAGACUGCCAGGAAAGCAGGUGGUAGGUGUGGUUUUGCCGAGUCUAUUCCUCAGGAGCGGAUCACAGCUCUGAAAACGGACCAGACAUCUGUAGAGAUGACGGGCGUCGGUGAAACAGUCAGCAGCAUUGUCCAGACAGCCGAAGCCCCGCCCCAAAAGGUACCAUCCCCAUUGUUGCCAGUACCAGGUGUUGGACAGGUAGGGGAGGGGAUGCGCAACACCUGGGGCGUGGAGGAGGAAGAGGAUGGUGAUAGCAGUGGAGGGGACAGUGGAGAAGAAGCUGUAAAGAUGGAGGAGGAGCAGCAUAAAGAAGACAAGAGCAGGAAAGUGGAUGUUGUAGAGAUAUUAGACAGCGAAGAAGAGGAGGAGGAGGAGGAGGUGGUCAUCCUUUAUCCCGAGACAACAGAAAAGGCUAAAAAUAAAGGAUCCAGUUCUGGUCAAAAGGGGGCAGCAACAUCCAGGAAACAGCAGAAAAAAUGACUGAUCUUGAAAUACAAAGCUGAAAUAAAAUGAUAUUAUGAUGACCUGUAAUGUCAGAUUGACCAAAUAAAUGUGUUUUUUUU